AUCCUCUCUCUCCCACUAUAUCGCGAGAGAUAGGGAGCACAGACAUAUUCAUAUGUUAGCAACAACAGUUAUAAAAUGAUAAUUAUAUCGCGGAUAUAUGAACGAAUUGUAAUGUAAGCCAACGCAAGAUUGCUAAAUUAGUUAUUUUAUUAAUAGCUGGCUAGCUAAUAACAAUAGCUAGCAACAUAUUAACGGUAGCUAGCGAUUCGCCUGUCGGCUGUAGUAGCACAUCUGGGAGGCACAAGUUACGAUUAACUAGCUAACUGUAAAGUGGUCUCUAUUUUGAAGACACGCGUGUACAAGCUGCAUUUGUGUUCUUGUGGAUGUGUGGUGGACUGUAAGCAGGGCGGCCACUUGUGAACCUCACCUAUUUACCUUGCCCCUUUGUCCUAUACCUCCUCCCUGACUCCUCCCCUUUUCCCGUCUUUUAUCAUAGACCUUUUUAAAUGUAUGAAAGCAUGUUGCACAGAGACAGACCCCCUAUAUUUCUACCUCUUCUCCGUCUGUGCUCAUCAGUGUGUUACGGUAGUCUUUUAGCUGAAGGUUUUAAAUGGGGGUGAAUCUACUAUAUGCCUGGUGUAGUACGGUACUUGAAUUCCCACCCAUUUGUAAAUUAGCCCUGAUGAGCUGUGCAGAUUUCAUUAAUCAACCUUAAGUGAUAAACCAAUCAGCAGCCAGCUAAUUGGCCAAUCAGCCCCCCCCCCCUACUCCCUCCUGGUAGAAUGAACGGCUCUCUUUUAACCCCACCUAGCCUGCGGGCAGCCAACUCCUCUACCCUGCCCCCGUCACCCUCCCCGUCCCCUCCAUCCCCCUCCCUGUUGCCACUGUUCCCUCGGCCACCUCCCUUGGCCCAGCCUCAUCCCUCCUCGCUGUCGGACUCCCCCACGCCCUCCCCCUGCCUGAGCUGGACGGAGUUCUGUGAGCUGCAUGCCCGCAUGGCGGCCGGGGACUUUGCCCGCCACUUUCGGGCGUUCCUCCUGGAGAACCCGCACUACUCCCCCGACUCUGCUGCCGCCUUCUGUCGCCGCUUCACUGACCGCUUUGUCCAACAUUUCCAGAGCGAACUGGAGGGGGUGGCAGGGGCACCGGGUACAGCCCCCCGGGAUGGAGGCGGGGAGCUGGGCUCCCCAAUCAGACGCCACCUCCCUGGAAGAGGAGGCGGUCUCUCCCCCUCCCGUCACCGAGGGAGCCUGCUACCACGCCUGUGCCCCAGCCAACCCGGUGCGAGCCCUGCCCAAGCCUGCCUCCACACGGCUGGUGUUGGAAACCCGAAGUGGGGACCAAUUUCAAGAUUCCUAUGCUGUCACAACGGUCCUCCCCCCAUCCUCCUCCUCCUCCUGCUCCUCCUCAGUGGGAGGAGGAAACAACGGCGGGCGGGAAGAGAGGGGUGCCCCAGUUACUGUUAAACACUUCCCUGGCGUCGGCCCGGGCAACGGAGAAACAACGGCCGAGGAAGAGGAGGAUAGCUGGGCGGGGGUAACGGUCAUGGAGGAGGAGGUGGAGCCAGAUGAGGGGGAGGCGGAUCUGGAAGUUUGCUUGGACAAUGAAGACCCCUCCCACAUGCCCCAAACGCCUGCCUCCCCUUGCUCCGACACACCCCCUCCCCGCUCCAAGGGUAACGGCACACCGGCCUCGACAGGAAGCCAGUCCAAAACCAAACUGAAGAAGCGCUUCUCUCUGCGGAGUGUUGGGCGCAGCGUGCGGGGUAGUGUCCGGGGCAUCCUGCACUGGCGCAGCUCGUCCAGCGACUCCCCCCAGAGCUCCUCCCAGCUGCCCUCCAGCUACAGCUACACAAUGGGGGUCCAGGACGCUGCCACCGGCUCUUCCUCCAAGAGGAACUCUGGCACUCAGCCCCCCACGCCCACCUCCUCCAUGCCUGUUUCCCUCUCCCUGCCCCUCUCCCUCCCCCACUCCUCCUCCUCCUCCCUGCCCCCGUCUUCCUCCAGCAGUGCUACCUCCCUCUCGCUGUCGGAAGCGCGGGACCGCCGGCGGAGCAAUGGCGAGGGGGGAGAGAAGGAGAAGUGGAGCCACCGGCUGGAGAAGUUGCGUCUGUCUCGCUCCCCGCCCCCCGUUCUCUCCUCAGCGCCCACUUCGGCCGUGGUGUCGCCUUCCUCCGGCCUGCCCCCCAGCAGCAGCAGCAGCGCCACCCUGAGAAAGACGGGCCGGUUGGUGAGGGAGGGAGGAGUCAGCGUCAGCUCCUCCAUGCCAGAUGAGUUUGCCGGGAGCCACGGUGGUUUCCCUGGCUUUUCCUUUGGCCUGCUGCACCAUGGCACACAAGAACACAACAACGCUGGCACUGGCUUAAACAACACCUCGUCCACCGCUAAUGCUGCUCAAACAGCCGCAGUGCAGCCUCUCGUCCCCGGGGGCACUGUCGGCUGGAGGGGCGGUCGUUGGCACAAAUGCCGACUGGUCCUGAGGGAGAGGGACAAGGAGGGGGAGCGGGGCGAGGAGUACUAUCUGGAGUUCUUCAUCCCGCCUAAAUCCUCCAAGCCCAGGCUGACUAUCCCAUGCUGCUCUAUUGUGGAUGUGAGGAGCACCACUGCCCUGGAGGUGCCUGACAAGGAGAACACCUUCCUCCUGCAGUUGGAGGGACAGGUGCAGUAUGUGAUUGAGACGCGAGACGCUGUGCAGAUGAGAGCCUGGUUGAGUGACAUCAGGAACGGUAAAUGUAUCAGUGAACAGGAGGACAUAGAAGCUGUGUGUGGGGGACCCAUGGACAUCAGUGGAACGCCAGAAUUCAGUGACCGCCUCUCUCAAGUGUGUUAUGGAGGUGUGGGCGGCUCUUCCCCGCUGAUGGACCCACGCCCCCCAGAGUUACCGCCCCGCGCCCCUCUGGACGAAUCAGACGGACGCGGGGGCGGAGCCGGCCUGGGCACACCAUUUGCGGAGACGCCAGAUGCCACAGGCUCCUUCCUGUUCUCAGACGUGGUGGAGGCGGUGGAGCACCCUCUGAGCGAGUGCCAGUGGUUCCAUGGGACGUUGUCGCGCCUCAAGGCGGCUCAGCUGGUGCUGGCGGGGGGUAUGGCCAGCCACGGCGUCUUCCUUGUGCGCCAGAGCGAGACACGCCGCGGGGAGUACGUCCUCACCUUCAACUUCCAGGGCAAGGCCAAGCACCUGCGUCUGUCUCUGAAUGAGGACGGCCAGUGCCGGGUGCAGCACCUGUGGUUCCAGUCCAUAUUCGACAUGCUGGAGCACUUCCGGGUUCACCCAAUCCCCCUGGAGUCUGGGGGUGCCUCGGACGUCACCCUCAUCAGCUUUGUGGGAGCCACCGCCGUCCGGCAGCCAGGCCGGGACAGGGCAAGCAGCCGGCCCACAGUCUGUGAUGUCAUCCCCACGCGCCACCUUGACUCUCCAUCAACCCCCAUCUCUGACUGUGUACUUGACCAGCAAACCCCGUAGCCCUCUCCAGCCUCCUCCUCAACCCCCGCCCCCCGGCCGGCCGCCACCCCCACCCCAAGAACGAGGGAAUGAGACAGAGCUGGGAGGUGGAGGAGGAACUGCAACAACUACAGGAGAAGGAGUGGAGGACUGGGAGGAGAGAGAAGCUCCUCUCCGCCAACUGGAGGGGGUGGAGGCCGAAGAGCGGGAAGGAGGGAGGGCAAGAGCCAUUGACAACCAGUACUCCUUCUUCUGAGGGGGGGGGGGGGUUGUGCGAAAGGGAAAGUGGAGGAGGUGGGAGUCAUAGCCAUUCAUAACCAGUAUUUGUAUUUUAUUACGGGACUGUGAGGGGAGGGGCUUAGAAGGACAUACUAACACUAUUAAAACACAAGCAUUCUGGGAGAUUCGGCAAGAUGGAGAGAAAGAGAAAAUGGGUAAAAGAGAAGAGAGAGGGAUGGGAGCACCUUACAACACUAAAUAUAGGUACACUAAUGUUUAGCGAGAUAAGCUUUUUUGCCGGUACACCUCUUGGUACGCUUUUUGUAGACUUUUGAAUCAAUUCAUGGAUGUAGGUAGUGAGAGAGAUAUCCUCUGAACCUAGUAGUACCAUACCUCAAUAUCCUGCAGACAUUCUACUGGCCAACAGUACACUUUCACAGUGGUGGAGAUGGAGGACAACCAUAUACUUACAAGGUGGCAAAGAGACUAGGCUAGAACCGGCAAGCAGGAUACAUAUACCUCAGUCACUUUUUCAACCUCACUCUCUUUCUCUCCUCAUUUUCUGGUUUUCUUUAAUGGUAGAGAAGUGGCCAGAGGUAGAGAGAGAGCGAAUAUAUAUUCAGAUAAAAUACUUUAUUAUUGAUAAUAAUAAUGAUAUGAUUAACAAUAAUGAUAAUGGAAAUAAUGAUGGUCGGAAUUAAUAGUAUUAAUUUUAUUUUGUUUUUAAAAUGCCUUUUAUUGUAUGUUGUUUACUCCAUGUAAUGCGUAACAUUUGUACCUGCCCCCAUCCGAUUAUUUCAGUUGAAAUUUGUUUGUGCCUUUUUUUAUAUUGCUAAGCCUCAUACUCAGUCUUUCCCUCACGCUCAUACAGUCCUCUCCUCCUGGACCUCAUCCUAAUUUAAAUGUGCAGAAAUAGAAUAUAAGAGGGGGGACAUUUUUCUACUCGUGCCUUUUUGUGUUAUCACCUCUGUCAUACUCCUUCAACCUGUGCCUUAGUUGAGUAACCAUGUCCGUCUGUUUGCCAUUCAGUUCAGUGCCUCUAUCUUUCUUUCUCUUUGUAUCUCCCUCCUUCCUCUCUUUGUUUAUACCUUUACUUCUUGUUUGUCCUCUACUCUACCCAGAGCCUUGUAAUCAUAUUUUACACAUCUUACCCCCAUCCCCCUGUUCAUCCUUUUCAAAUUUUGAACUCUAUUUGUGCCUUUCUGUCUGUCUGUCUGUCUGUCUCUCGCUCUCUCUUUUGCUGGGACCUUGUGUUGACGGUGGGCAGGGUUUUGUCCAACCUGUGUGGUUAGUUUCAGGUACUACAUUGAAUUUAAUGAUAUGAUAUAAUAUAAUUAUACUGAAACAUUAUGGCCUAGUGUGUUGUUGCUUUGGUUCACUGUUAUUGUUUCUUACUGAAUAAAGGGGAAGGAUGUAAAGGAA